AUGGUUUCUAACUGGUCCAAAAUUCCUCUACCGCUUUUUAAAAAAGUAGUCAUUGUGCUGAUAGAUGCUUUGAGAGAUGAUUUUGUGUUUGGAUCCAAAGGCAAACAGUUCAUGCCAUAUACUACGCAAGUUGUUGAAAAAGGGACAUCCCACAGUUUCAUUGCUGAAGCAAAGCCGCCCACUGUGACUAUGCCUCGAAUUAAGGCUUUGAUGACAGGUAGCAUACCUGGUUUCAUUGAUGUUAUUGUGAAUCUCAAUUCUCCAGCUUUGUUGGAUGACAAUUUGAUAUGGCAGGCAAAAACAGCUGGGAAAAGAAUAAUCUUUUUUGGUGAUGAUACUUGGGUUAAGUUGUUUCCAAAGCAUUUUGUGGAAUAUGAUGGAACAACAUCCUUUUUUGUGUCCGACUUUACAGAGGUUGAUGAUAAUGUUACCAGGCAUUUGGAUAGAGUAUUAAAGAGAGAAGACUGGGAUCUUCUAAUACUACAUUACCUUGGGUUGGACCACAUUGGACAUAUGACUGGACCAAACAGCCCAUUAGUGGGACCAAAACUUCGUGAAAUGGAUAACGUCUUGAAGAAGAUUCAUAUUUCUCUUCUUUCAAAGGUAGAAGAACCUUCUCUGCCCAAUUUGCUUGUUGUCUGUGGGGAUCAUGGAAUGUCUGAAACAGGAAGUCAUGGUGGCUCUUCAGAAGGAGAAGUGCACACACCACUGCUGUUUAUCAGCUCUGCUUUUGAAAAGAGAAGUGGUCCUUUAACUCAGCCUGAAGUUGUACAGCAAACUGAUUUAGCUAGCACACUGGCAGUAGGUCUUGGUCUACCGAUUUCAAGAAACAGUGUUGGAAACCUUAUAUUGCCAGUUGUGGGACGCAAGACAAUGAGAGAGCAGCUGCGUUUUAUGCACUUGAAUGGGUUCCAGCUUAGCAGACUGCUGCAAGAGAAUACACCUGCAUAUGAAAAAGAUCCUGGAUAUGAGCAUUUCAAGAUAGCAGAAAAGUCCCAUGGUAAUUGGAUCAAACUGUAUUUAGAGGGAAAUAAUUCAGAAAUACUCUUAAAUAUUGGCAAAAAGGUCCUGAAGCAAUAUUUGGAGGCCCUGAAAACUCUGAGUUCUUCACUAAGCAAACAAGUGGCACAAUACGACAUGUAUUCCAUGAUGGUGGGAACUGUGAUCGUUAUGGAGGUUCUGCUGCUGCUUUUGCUUAGCAUUCCAAAAGCCCUGAGCAGCCGGGCAGAAUUUGAAGUGCCCCUCUCCCCUCCACUAUUCUCUCUGCUGUUUUACUUGAUGUGUCUGAUGCUCUGUGCAGUUCACGUCAUUGUAUGCACAUCAGCAGAAAGUUUAUGCUAUUUCUGCAGUAUGUCCUGGUUAACAGCAGUUGCAGUGAUGAUGCUGAUUUCUGCACUCAUGUGUGGUAUUUUGUCUGCCAUUGCAAAGAUCUUCGAGAAUUCCAGACUUCCACUCAAGAAUCCGGUCAUGUCUAGUUCCAGCUGGUCAGAAAUCAAUGUGCUGAUUCUGGCUGGAACGAUUGGUCAUGUUUUGAGUUUGGGGUCAAGCAGUUUUAUAGAAGAAGAACAUCAAACCUGGUAUUUUCUUAUUAAUACGCUUUGUUUGGUGCUGUGUCAGGAACUCUGUAGAAAUAAUUUUCUUCUGAGAGAAAGUGACCCUCGACAUAGCACCACUGUGAAACAGAAUUUUGAUAGUGUUGGAGAAGCCUCUGAGUGCAAGAAUAUAGACAUUCCAGCAGUAGGUAAUUCAAAAUUGGGCAAGGCCACCUCUUCACCUGAAUUCAUAAAAGGAGCAGAUAAGUGGAUAAGCUUAACAAGUCCAUGGAUCAUCCUUAUUUGCUGUCGGCUACUUCGAUCCUUGAAUCAGACGGGCAUCCAGUGGGCUCAUCGGCCAGACUUUGGUCACUGGCUGACCAGCUCUGAACAUAAAUCUGAACUCUCCUUGUUGGCUGCAGUCUCCCUACUUAUGAUCUUCGUUCUGGCUCAAAGAAGAUGCUCCCUGGUUUCAAAAAUUGCCAUGGCACUUGGGCUCCUGGGAGUCUACAGUUACCGGGCGGCUAUUGGAAAUGUCGUAUUCCCAUGGCAACAUGACAGCAAAGAUAUUUCAAAGGGGAUUACUGAAGCUCGUUUUGUUUAUGUCUUUGUUCUUGGCAUAGUCUUCACUGGCACUAAAGAUUUACUAAAGUCACAGGUUAUAUCUGCAGACUCCAGCGUAAGGAGUACAGGAUUAUGGGAAGUGUAUAGUGGAUUGGUUCUGCUAACAGCCCUUCUACUUAGACCUCACAAUUUACCAGUUUUGGUGUUUUGUCUGCUGAUUCAGACAAUGAUGACAAAAUACAUCUGGAGACCUUUGAAAUUUGAUGCAGCACAGAUUACUAUCAUGCACUACUGGUUUGGCCAAGCUUUCUUCUAUUUUCAGGCAGUCAGCUCUGAUUAUGACCUUCUGAGAGCAGCCCUUAGUGGAGCUGGCAAGAGGCUGAAGGUCAUUAAUGAAGAUGUGAAACAGGAUGAGCCCUGGUGUCAGGCCCUGGGGUUGAUUGCUAGUUCCUGGCCUCCAGGUGGACUUUGUGCUGCUGACCACAACCGAAAAGCAGGGAAGUCUUUGCUUGAUGACAGCUUUCAGAUCCCUUUCCUUACUUCUGUGCCUUCCAGUGGAGGUGCACUGUUUUUACUGAGUAAACUACAGGUGUCCCAGAUUUACUACCUGUCUUGGCCAUGA